CGACGCAUGCGCCGUCCCUACCUCGGCCGCCAUCUUCCUUCGCGGGAGGAGGAAGAAAAUGGAGCCCGGCGGGGCCCGCCGCGAGAAGCUGCCGCCGCCUCCCAUUCCUCUGCCGCAGCAGGGGACGCCUCCCAAGGGCAAGGACGGUCCCAGCAGCCGCCUGGAGAAGGCCAAGCAGCGCGCGGCCCAGCAGGAGCUCAAGCAACGGCAGCGGGCCGAGAUCUACGCCCUCAACAGGGUGAUGACUGAGCUGGAGCAGCAGCAGUUUGACGCCUUCUGCAAGCAGAUGCAGGCAUCCAGCGACUGAGGACGGGAGCCGCACUCCAGACGGGCCACUCGGAAGACCAGCACUUUCCCACCCAUGGCUGCAGGCAGCGGCCAGGCAGAACUGAACACCCAGGAGCAGGGAGGGACAGCCAAGCUCUGCUUCCGAUGACACACAGCUGACACUGCCUUACUGGAGCAUUCCCCUGCCAAACCUUCCUUGAGUGGAGUUCUCCCUUGAAAACCUGUUUGUUUGUUUUU